AGUGCUGGGAGGAGACAGGGCAGAGCAGGAGCCCCUCACCCAGGGCCAGGCAGGGCGAGCAGCCCCCAGCUCAGCCGCGUUGCCUCCCCGAGUUGGGGGCAGGCUGCGACCGGGGCUGAUGCUGAUUUUGUUGCCGGGCUUGUCCUCCUCUGAAGUCCUUUUGUUCCGCUGCCCCGAUCGCAGCCGGCCCCGAGCCUGCAGGGCCGGGGGCAGGAGGUGCUGGGGGCCCUGCCUGCGCCGCUGCCCGACAGCUGGCAGCCGCGCUUCCCAGGGGGGGCUCUCCCCUCCUUGGUCGCCUCCAAGCUGCCGGCCAAGGGCGGCUUUGGAAGAGGGACAAGAUGCAGCUGACUGGCCGGGAAGGUGGGGAACAGAAGAAAUCGAGUAUUUGAGAAAUAACCGGCGACAUCGCUUUAAAGUGACGCAGCUUCGCGCAGCCGGGUGUGGACAUUUUCCCGUCUCCGCGGCGAAGGGUCUAUCCACGGGAAAAGCCCCUAAAUAAACCCUCGAGGAGACAGCAACCGGUCUGACCGCGAGGAAGGUGGGAAUCCUCCGUGAGCCAGUCCCUCUCCAGCCUGGGAGACCAACAACAGCAAAGCCCCGACGGGGCGGGAGGGAAAUUGGUGUCUCCGGCAGAAACGGGCGGGACGGGGCAGCCCUGCCUGAGGCCAUCGGGGUUUUAUUUAAAAUGCGAUCGACGGCAGAAAAAACCCGCUCUGAGUGAGGUCCCUUCCCAGUUGCACCAGUAGGUUCCGCCGCCGGGCGCUGGCAGAGCGGGCAGAGCGGUGCCCGGUGCUCGCAGGGCCGGGCGGGGGGCGCGGCUGCCCGGCCGCCCCGCGGACCUCUCUGCUCGGCCACAACCUAUUUCCAGGGCAUGCAACGAAAUUCGCAGCUCCGAGGCUCAUCUAAGGCUUAGGAGCAGCCGCCUCAGUGCUGCGGGUUUUGGAAGGGUUUCGGUGCUUUUUCUUUCCCUUGUUUUUUGUGGUUUUUUUUUUUUUGGGUUUUUUUUUUCCCUGUUUUUUUUAAAUAUGUUUUUUGUUUGUUUUUAAUUUUAACGCCCAGCAAAACUUUCCCUGCUCGGGAGGGACCGGCAGAUCAGCUAAUUGCGGGGGGAGGCGCGCAGAAAGCAGUAACCCCUCGAUACCCCACCCAACCCACACCCCCCCGCCCUCCGCGGCUAAUCAUCCCAUUAAGAGCCCCAUCAGCGGGAUAAUGACAGCAAAAGAGGGCGGAAACCGCCCGGAAAGCGCGGGGAUCCGGGCGACAAUUAAUUCCCCUUAAUCAAGCUCCGAGGUGUCGCCUGUUGGGGAGCGACAUCCCCCCAAACGCCUGGCGGCCAAUGGGCGCCCUGACACGGGAUGGGUGGGGGGCGCGGGGGUCCCCCAGCCGGAGCUGCCCCAGUUCAGCUUUUCCCCCAAAUUCCCCCGUUCCCCCCGCGGGGAGGGCGCGGCGCUCCCGCCGCUGUCCGAGGUGCUGAAGGCACCGCCGGCUCCGGAGCGACUCCGGCGCUGUCCGAGGUGCUGCUGGCUCCGGAGUGACUCCGGUUUCCUCCCCCCGGCGCUGUCCGAGGUGCUGGCGGGGAAGGGGGGCGCCGCGGCGGCCCGGAGACUGGCCACCCCCUCCGCCCUCCCCUCGCCCUUCCCCAUUGAUUUCUGGAUCAUUAAGUGGUUAAGGCGCUGCGAAGCCUUCACUAUCGAUCGCUGCCUCCCCACCUCCGGCUGGGAACCCCCGGGCUGCCCCCCAGCCCCGCGCCGCCGCGGCUCCGGGCACGGGUGGGGUGGCCGGGACCCCGGGUGAGGUUGGGGUCCGUCCCCCCUCACCCCACCCCCUUCGCGGCCAAAGUUUGACUCUGCCUCCCUCUCCCCCCCUCUCCUGUCUGUCUGUGAGUGCAGCUGGGCGCGAUGCUGAAGACGGAGCAGCCCUGGAUCUAACGCGCGGCGCCUCGAAGAGCCUUGCAGCGAUUGUUGCCCGGAUCCCAGACUGAACUUUGCUCUUUUUAUUUUUUCCUUUUUACCUCGUUUUUAUUCAUUUUUUUUUCUUUCGUCUUUUCGUUUUUCCCUCCUGUUAUUGUUAAUUAUCGUUACCAACCCGCCUCCGCCGCGCCCUCCCCGCCAAUGCCCGUGUGAGCGCCGGCACCUCGCGGGGGCCAUGGAGGGCUCCACCGGGUUUGGGAUCGACUCCAUCCUCUCCCACCGAGCCGGCAGCCCGGCCGUGCCCAAGGGGGACCCGCUGGUGGGGGACGGGCGGUCCCCGCUGGAGCUGAGCCCCCGCUCGGAGGGCAGCAGCGGGUGCCCCUCGCCCCGCUCGCCGGGCCGCGAGUGCCUGGAGGCGGCGGGGCCGCGGACGGGCCUGGACGCGCAUCUCCAGCCGGGGCAGGUCUCGGCUCCCUCGCAGUCCCGGACCGUCACCUCCUCCUUCCUCAUCAGAGACAUCCUGGCCGACUGCAAGCCCCUGGCAGCCUGCGCGCCUUACUCCAGCACCAAUGGACCUCACGGCGGGCAGGAGCCGGCGGGCAGGAUCCCCACCAAGCCCGGCGAGGAUUUUAGGGAGAAAAUGGAAAAAAACACCAGCAGCUCCUCCUCGGACUCGGAGUACAAAGUGAAAGAAGAAGGGGACCGAGAGAUCUCCAGCUCCCGGGACAGUCCCCCGGUGCGGCUGAAAAAGCCGCGCAAAGCCCGCACCGCCUUCACCGACCAUCAGCUGGCCCAGCUGGAGCGCAGCUUCGAGAGGCAAAAAUACCUGAGCGUGCAGGACAGGAUGGAACUGGCCGCCUCCCUCAACCUCACCGACACGCAAGUGAAAACGUGGUACCAGAACAGGAGGACCAAGUGGAAAAGGCAGACGGCGGUGGGCCUGGAGCUGCUGGCUGAGGCUGGCAACUACUCAGCCCUGCAGAGGAUGUUCCCCUCGCCCUACUUCUACCCGCAGAGUUUGGUCUCCAACCUGGACCCCGGCGCCGCCCUCUACCUGUACCGCGGACCCAGCGCGCCGCCCCCCGCCCUACAGAGACCCUUGGUGCCCCGCAUCCUCAUCCACGGACUGCAGGGCGGCAGCGAGCCCCCGCCGCCCCUGCCCCCGCUGCCCGGCGUCCUGCCCCGGGCUGCGCAGCCCCGGUGAGCCUCGGGGAGCCCCGGGGAGCCCCGCCCGCACCCACCGGGCAGGGGGGCUGGAGGGGGCCACCCCACACUUCUGGGGCCGCGAGCAAGAGACAGACUCCCGCUCAUCCCCAAAUAUAUAUAUAUAUAUAUAUAAAAUUAUAAAUGAGACCAUCCCCUCCUUUUUUAAAAAAUAAUAUAUAAAGAAUGCAAGAAUCAAGGACAGCCUUGGCAGGACGGAGCCGGCAGAGCUGCCCCUCACCCCGCAGGGCACUCGCCACCUUCAGCCCCUUGUGCCCCCGACGGCAGCGGGGCCGCUGCGUGUCCCCAGCCCGGCGUGGGACCGCGCCGGGAGCACGGGCGGGGCUGGAUGCUCCGGGGGGGCUUCGCUUCUCCGCCCCCUCCCCAGGAACAGUCAGGGGAGCCGAGCCACACCUGCCACGGGCGGCUCCGGGGAGACCCCUCCCCUCUUUCUGCGGCUCCCCGACCCCGGGGCAGCGGUGCCGCCGCCGGGAAGGACCGUGGGGUGGCCCGGGCCGAUGGCCCCAGCGAGACUUUGGGACGUCCGUAACUCAGCUAAAAAAAAAAAAAAAAAAAAAAAAAAGAUACCCUAAAAAAACUUAAAAAAAAAAAAAAAAGAAAAAAGAAAAACGAAAAAAAAAAAAGCGGUGGAAUGUAAAUACGGUGCAAAAUGUAUAUGAAUUAUUUAUUUGUGAACCCUGAGGGCGUAUUUGUGUAAGUGAUUCUUGUCAGUCUGUAUCCCGGGGCCGGCCCGGCCGGGCGGGGGGCGCGGGGGGGGCUCGGGGCGCCGCGGCCGCUCCCGCUCCCCCCUUUUUUAAAUGUGGAAAUAAAACUUCUUUACAAACAAACGGGUCUCUCCUCCGCCGGCCCCUUCUUCCCCUCCCGCUUGUUUGCUCUGGCGGAACGGCCGCCGCCGAGGGAAGGGGAAAAGCAAAGAGGAAUUUUCCCACCUCCCAUCGCACGGAGCCCCCCGCUCCCCGGGGCUCGGUGUCCCCAGGGGCUCGGUGUCCCCUCUGGGCUCGGUGUUCCCCCUAGCUCGGUGUCCCCCCAGGGCUCGGUGUCCCCCCGGGGCCCGGCUCCAGUGCCGGCAUGCGGGACCGGCCGCGGGGCCAUCGGCGGGAGUGGGGCGGGGGGACCGGCACAGCCCCCGGGCGCGGCGAUAGCCGCGACUCCGGUGAAUUAAUAACGCUAAUCUUAAGUGUAUAAUUGCCUAAGUGCUUUAAAUGAUCGCUUUGGAAAAUGGAUUGUUUCCACCCUUUAAAAGUGUCGCUCAUCUGGCCGCGGCCAGCGGGCCCGGCAGCUGGUGCCCGGGACAGCCGGGCAGCGCCCGCCGGCUCGGGGAGCCGACAGAUGGGCUGCGGGUCCGCCCGGCCCCGGCCGCUCCCCCCGGCCCCGGCCGCUCCCCCCGGCGGGCCCGGCUGUCUGCGGAGCCCCCCCGGCACCCACCGGCCUCCAGCUCCCGCUCCUCGGGCCGGGUCCCAGCCCGGUGCCCCCGGGCCGGCUCCGUCCCCGGAGCUUUGGCCCGGCACCCCCGAGCCCCGCGGGGAGGGCGAUUGUCGGCUCGGCCAAAUGCACAGCCACGCCUGGGGGCGAGAGCCCCCGGCCUUUGUGCGUGGGGCCGGCUCUUUGCAUGUGAAUGGGGGAGUUUGGUAAAUCCCCGGGCCUCGGCUGGGCGAGGAGGAGGAGGAGGAGGAAGGGGGGGUCGCUCCCAGCUCGGGGUUAAUGAAGUGGGAAAGGAGUCUUUCAGAGAGGCCUGCAAACAACCACCUCCCUGGGCAACAACCCCCGUCCCAAAUCCUACAUGGAUUGACUUAAACCCAGGGGAUAAGUGCUUUAAAUUAAUCUCAUUGAAUAAGAAUGAGGCCAAACAAAACUCUUUAAAAUCAUAUUAAAAAUCUAUCAAAGGACAACUUGCAGUGGGUGUGCUUUUCAUUUUGUGAGCGCAAAGGCAAGGAGCAUACAGCAACCUUCCUCCCAUUUACACAGCAGGAAUGUGAAUCAAAGGCAUUCUCUAAUAUUUAAUUGUCCUUGUAGCCGUAGCAUAUUCCUCCUCUUACAUUAAUGAAGUACAAGGCUUCGUUACACGUUUGUGUAAUUGCAAUAUUUAAAUUUGCCAUUUCACAUCUGGAAGGAGCUGGAAGCUCCCCUGUACCAGCGGGUCUGAGCCAGCACCAUCACACAGUGCCAGGGCUGGGAGACUCCAGAGUCCCGAGCAAACCUCUGCCCUGGGGAGGGGGAAAGGCUGGGCUGGGCACGGUGGGAAGGAAAGAGCAGAGGGGAUGUGAGGGACGGAGCUGCUGAUGCCACGGAGAUCUCACAGCAGAGCCAAGCUUCAAGAAAGAACAGUUUAGGGAAGACACCACGGGCUAUAAGCAGAGAGCACUGCACCUGCCACACGAGCAGCAUCACAUGUGGGAGGAUCUCAGCAGCCUCAAAACCUGCUGAAGGACCAAUCUCACCUCCAGCCUGCGUGCAGGGACCCCGGUGGGAGCUGGGGUCACACAGCAAAACCCACCAGCACUGGCCCUGCACCUACAGCAGCCCCUGAGCAGGCUGGAAAUGUUUCCAGAGGAUGGUGCCAGGUGGGCACGAUCCUGGCAAGGCCCCAGGGGUAGGACAGGCUGUGCUGGGUUGAAAUUACAUGAAGUAAAAAAAUGGAACAGUUCAGAAGCACCAGUCCCGGCAGGGAAACCUUUGGAGUAUUGCACCAGCUCUGCUCCACGGAUUUCUCCAGGGUACAAAGUCCAACAGACAAGCUGCUGCUGCUGCUGGGUUCUGUCAGCUCCAGGCUCUGGAUCCAGAGAGUGCAGAGGGUUUGCCAGGACCAAACACAGUCCUGGCUCUCAAGGCCCUUCCAGGCU